AUGAAGAGAUCUGUUUAUAAUCUGAAUAGACAUCCUACUACAGUUCACCAAGGAUAUUUCAAGCAUGAACAUAACGUCUACAUGAGAUUAAAUUUACUUUUGUCAUCAUUAGACAAUCUAAAACAUUUUACAAAACAAUUCUUACCUGAAAGCAUCACCCACGAGUCAAAAACUUCAACAUUCUCUUAUCAUCGUCGAUGUGUGGCACGUCAUGUAGGCCAUGUAGAUAUUCCACUUGCAAAGGUGAAAUGGAAUGAAACAAAUACUCCAUUUAAGUAA